AUGUCAUCAACGUUGUUGGCUGCAGAUGCUGCAGCACUUCGAACGAGCAGCCGAAAGCGUCCUCACAUCUCUUACAUCGAGGAUGAACACUUCGACGAAGACGGCAUUGACGCAGAUGAAACAACUCAGACUGAGGACAUCUAUGACUAUGAGGACGAAGACGACGGGACUUACGGCAAGAAGCGUACCUCCAAAACCAAAAGAGCAAAAGUCGCCAGAGCAUUCGCAAAGCCGAGAAAGGAUAAGAAAGUCAAGCCAUUCCGCUUCUUGGACCUCUCCGCCGAACUUCGCAACCGAAUCUACGAGUUCGCUCUGGUGGAGCCUAGCGAACUGACCUUGGUGGCUCGAACGAAGAAUUAUCGACGAGGCAUUGUUCGUGGCGCAAUUGACGUAGCUGAGACAUCUCGGCAUUAUGGUAAGAAGUAUCGUUAUCGGUACUAUGACUGCAGAAUCGAAGGACAUGACAAGGACGAAAGCGAGGAGCCGAAGAAUGAUGAGCGCUCUUUGGUCCCGAACCUGCUCGCAGUCAAUAGACAGAUCCGUGAAGAGGCGAGCAGCUACCUCUACAAGCAGGAACUGAUACUUGAGGAUACGAAUGCGCUGCAUAUCUUUCUCGCCUGUAUUGGGCCAUCGAAUCGAGAGCUUUUGACUGACGUGACUAUUCGCGGAUGGGGAGUUGGCAGAGGCACCAUGAAAGGCUACAAUUUUUCUGCGCUCACCAUGCUCCAAGGUUGCACCAAUCUGCAGUCUUUGCGUUUCGAGUGCAGCCUGGACAGGUAUCUUGAUUCAGCAAGCCUUGCUCGCCAGAUCUAUCGCGAUGGCGUCUUCUUCCUUGAGGCCAUUGGGGAUGCGCAGGGCCGUUAUGAUGCCGCUGUGGACGUGGUGCAACUCGGUGACUGGCACUUCGACCCCAGCAAGCGUAAUGGAUGGUAUGGAAAGAACACGGGCGAGUCAGCAGAAGUUAUAACACAGAAGCGGCGUAGCGAGUUUGAAGCGGAGCUAAGGAGGCUGUUGGCCAGGGGUGCUAGACGUUAA